UUUACUGAAACCCUCCCGGUCAGCUGAGGGAGGAGCACGUGGCCGUUAAACGGCGAAGCCGAAGCCGGUGAAAGUGGAUGAAAGUGCUCUGGAAAAGCAGUCGAAGUUGUUUUAUUAAGUGGUCAGAGAUAACAGAAAGCUAUGGCUACCGACUCGUGGGCUCUGGCCGUGGAUGAACAAGAAGCCGCCUCCAAGUCGAUUGGAGCCCUGCGGAUUAGAGAAAGACGAGUCAUACCGAGAGCCGAGGCCAAUGGAAUGGCGAAACCUAGCGAGGAUGGUGACAAGUCUGAUGAAGAGGAAAAAGAGGACAGAGCUGCACAGUCACUCCUCAAUAAAUUAAUCAGAAGCAAUCUUGUCAACAACACUAACCAAGUGGAGGUUCUUCAGAGAGAUCCAAACUCGCCUCUAUACUCGGUCAAGACGUUUGAAGAGCUGCGACUGAAACCACAGCUUCUCCAAGGCGUGUAUGGAAUGGGCUUCAAUAGACCCUCCAAAAUCCAGGAAAAUGCCCUGCCUAUGAUGCUGGCAGAACCACCCCAGAACCUGAUUGCCCAGUCUCAGUCCGGCACGGGCAAAACUGCUGCCUUUGUGUUGGCCAUGCUGAGCCAUGUCAACCCAACAAACAAGUGGACACAGUGUUUGUGCAUUUCUCCAACCUAUGAGCUCGCCCUGCAGACAGGCAAAGUGGUGGAGCAGAUGGGGAGGUUCUACCCUGAAGUGAAACUGGCAUAUGCUGUUCGUGGCAAUAAAAUGGAGCGAGGCAGCAAGAUCCAGGAGCAGAUAGUUAUUGGUACUCCUGGCACUGUGCUGGAUUGGUUCCUGAAACUCAAGCUAAUGGACCCCAAGAAGAUUCGAGUGUUCGUGCUGGACGAGGCUGACGUUAUGAUAGCCACACAGGGCCAUCAGGACCAGAGCAUCCGCAUUCAGAGGAUGCUGCCCAAAGACUGUCAGAUGCUGCUCUUCUCUGCUACCUUUGAGGACUCGGUGUGGAAGUUCGCUGAGCGGAUCGUUCCAGAUCCCAACGUCAUCAAACUGAAGAGGGAGGAGGAGACCCUGGACACCAUUAAGCAGUAUUAUGUGCUCUGCAAUAAUAAAGAGGACAAGUUUUCUGCACUCUGUAACAUCUAUGGGGCAAUCACCAUCGCACAGGCCAUGAUCUUCUGCCAUACUCGGAAGAUAGCAUCCUGGCUGGCAGGGCAGAUGUCUAAAGAAGGCCACCAGGUGGCACUGCUGAGCGGUGAAAUGGUGAUCGAGCAAAGAGCAGCUGUCAUUGAACGCUUCAGAGAAGGCAAAGAGAAAGUGCUAAUAACCACUAAUGUGUGUGCAAGAGGCAUAGAUGUGGAGCAGGUUUCUGUGGUCAUCAACUUUGAUCUGCCACUGGAUAAAGAUGGAAACCCAGACAAUGAGACAUAUCUCCACAGGAUCGGCAGGACAGGGCGUUUCGGCAAACGCGGAUUGGCUAUCAACAUGGUGGACAGUGACCACAGCAUGGAUGUUCUCAAAGCAAUUGAGAAGCAUUUCAAUAAGAAAAUAUUGAAGCUGGAUACAGAUGAUCUUGACGAAAUUGAAAAAAUUGCCAACUAAGGUGAUGAAGAGCCCCAAACGCACUCCACUACAGCAGUAUCAUUUAUAUAGUUACCUCAUCAAGCAUCUUCCAUUUGACCAAGCUUCUCGAGGGCUCUGUUUGAUUUUGGGCUAAAAACAUGUUUACGUUAAAUGCAAUUAGGUUACCAAACCUUUAACAAGAAAGUUUAAACUUGAGCUUAUUUUUUGCAAAUAGACUUGAUUCUUAGCUGGUAGUUGCUAAGGUUGAAUUUUGUGUAUGGCUUACGCACUUUUUUCCUGUGUUCUACUGUGAAAAUGAUUAGAUUCCCUUUUGGUUUCUAAUAAUUAUGGUCGAGUGAAGUGUAUAUAAGCUAUCAUUAGUAGGUAAAUUCUAUAAGAGGGUAGGUAACAGCGUGCCUAAAGUCCUUGAAAAGGACUAAAAAUAUAUAGAUGUGCUGCAAAAAGCACAGACAUCAAAAAGCCAAACAAGGCAAAAUGUAGCAGAGAUCUUGUACUGUGAUUGUACAAAAACACUCCUUAAGGGUAAAGAUGACACAUUACUGUAGGGUACUGUUCAUAACCUACAUAAGCUUGUCAUGACAACUGACAUAAUCCUACAUAAAUGUUUGUAAAUAAUUAUUCCAAUAGGCAUCAUUCACUCUAUAAAGGAUGCGUUUGCCAAUUUUGAUCAAAGUACCAUUUAUGACAGAAAAAGCAAAUUGGAAUAAACAUUUCUAAACAUUUAUGUAGGGUUAUGUCAGUUGUCAUGACAAGCUUACGUAGGUGUCAUGUAGCCUUAUGAGCAGUAUCCUACAUUAGUGUUACCAGCAUAUAUAUCGAUAAACGCACAAGAACGUUUAGUACUUGUAACCCACAGUUUUUGGUGGGGUUUCCUCUCUAGAUUUCAAGAAGGCUACAAUGAAGAAUUAAUAGAUUAUGUUUCAUUUUUGUUCAGAUGACCAAACGUUGGUUCAAAUGAAAAGUUGCAUUCUGUGAAGUUUUGUUUCUUGAAACACUAGAGAGUGUGUUCUGUUCUGAUUCUGAAGUCUAGCACUUUUACUGAAUAAAACAACUGUUUACAAGCAUACUUGAAUCGUUAGGAAUAACAUUUGUUUGAAGGAAAAGGAACAAUUUUAUUUAGCUGUGUUACUGAAUAUGCACUUUGGUUUCUUUGAGAAUGCUGUGUUUGGAUACGAGUGAAUUUAAUGAGUUAAGAGUUCCAGAUUAUCUGGAAAAUAUUUAAUAGCAUCAGUUGUUUUGCUUUUUGCUCUUCUGCUGCAUUUAUUGUUUUAAGAGUUGUUUCUUGAUAUAUGCAAUAAAAAUCCCAACCACAGUC